CCAGGCCCUAAGACAGGAUGGAGACAUGGAGUUUUAAAAAGACCAAAAACACACCCUGUCUCUAUUGCCCACUAUCGUCCUCUCCCCGUGUAAGCUCCAUGAGGGUACGGAUCCUUAUCUUUUAGGGUUAUUGAUGUUCAUUGAGCACCUAGAACCAUGCCUGGUAUAUAGUAAGUAUUCUGUUAACGUUUGCUGAAUAUAAAUUCACAAAGAAUAAUAAAAUUGUUCGCCUAAAAAAAUCAACUGGAAAACUAUUUGAACAAAUAAAAAUGCAGUAAAGUGUAUAUUAAGAAGUAAGCAUAUAUAAAUCCGUGACUUUCUUAUAUACUGGCAAUGACCAGUUUAGAGAUGAACAACGCCUCAUUUGUAAGAGCAACAACAACAGAAUCCAGUUACUCAGGAGGCUGAAGAGGGAGGAGCUCUUAAGCCCAGGAGUUUGAGACCAGCCUGGACAACAUAAAGAGACCUCAGUUUGUUUUUUUUUAAUUAUAAAAAAGAUUUGGUAGGCUGAUGUGGGAAGAUUCCUUGAGCCCAGGAGUUUGAGACCAGCCUAGGCAACAUGGCAAAAACCCAUCUAUACAAAAACUUAGAUGGACCUGGUGGGAGGUGCCUGUGGUCCGAGCUACCUGGAGGGAGGUGCCUGUGGUCCCAGCUACCUGGAGGCUGAGGUCAGAGGAUCACCUGAGCCUGGGAGGUCGAGGCUGCAGUGAGCCAAGAUCGUACCACUGCACUCCAGCCUGGGCAACGGAGUAAGAGAGAGACCUGUCUCAAAAACAAAUGUUCAAGACUCAAGACACAUACAAAGAAAAUCAUAAAACUUUAUGUUAAGAUAUAACAGACUAUUCAUGGCCCCCAAUCCCUACCCAGGACAGGACCCAAGCCAGCCAUGUCCUCUUUUAAGAAAAAAAAAAAAAGAAAGAGGAUAUUAUUAAGAAUUGUAAGACAUAGCAUGUUCUUAAAGGAUGAAACUGAUCAUAACAGUGAUCAUAGGGAUAGCCCAUCUUCUCCAUAGCCUCCCCUGGGCCCCACAAUGUCCUGAGCACUUGACAUUGAACGACCCCUUUACCACUGUCCAGGACUCAUGCAGGCAGGAAUUAUACUGGUUUUUUUUUUUUUUUCCAGAGUGGAAUAUUCAUUUUAUUGAAAUAAAAUGGACUUCCAUACAUUCACUCCGUGACUCAAUCGAGAAGAUAUCUGCCACCCACACAAUAGGCAAAAGAUUAGUGAUGGAAUAUGCAAAUGGACCUUAAAAUCAUGGUAAAGGCCCUCCCAAUCCUGAAGAGAGUAACUGAGAGUCUAGCACCUUUUAGACAUCUGAACGGGAAACACUUGUCAUCUGUUGUCUCUAAGGGCAGCCACGUCUGACUCUUUUCGUCGACACUCAACUGAAGAACAGCCAAACUUGCUGGCGGAAUGAAGCUGGCUCAGGUGACUAUUUGCCAAGACACAGCUACAGGAAGAGGAGCCAAAGGGAGGACCCUUUGGUUGCUCAGGAUCUCACACCUGCCCUCCAACCCACACUCGUCAGGUGCCCAGAGCUGCAGCUUCCUAGCCCGCUGCACAUGGCCUGGUCAGCAGGUUCAAAUGACCAAUUCCCAGGUCCCAGCCCAGACCUCAGGAUUACUGUAGAGGUGGCUGGACUCUGCAUUGUAGACAAGAUUUCAAUGACUCUGGAAGUUGUACUGUGAACCACGACACUCCAUUCUUGCUGGAACCAGCCUGCGGGCAUCUGAUGCCCUCCCACCCACCACGCUGCUUUCUGGUUCAGCACCGAAAGUGGCUUCCAGCAGAGGACACUCUGGAGGGACACAUUCACACCCGGGACCCAGGCCCAGGUACUCGGUGAGCUCCCGGUUCUGAAACAGCCUGGCGCGCUGGACGCUCGGCUUCCACUCUCCGGCUCGCCGGCGCCCCCUGCUGCCCACGGUUGGGAAACGGGAAAGCAGCAGGAGUGCCCGGGACAGACGGGGCGCAUCACAGCUGCUCUGCCUGUAACGCGCCCAGCUGGAAAGCGGCUCGGUGUCCUCCAUGGUUUUUAAAGAUACCGGUUUGUGGAACCAGAGGUGGGAGUCACUGAGUCAGAAUGACCCUAACCAACCACGACAUGUAACCCCUGGAGAACAAGUGAGCCGACCCGAUGAGACAUACCAAGGCAAAGAAUCUCAAAGUGCAGGGGCCGGUUCAGAGCCUGUCAGGACUGUGAGAACCACCGCAGGAAGACGUCGCGUGCGGAAGGUCGCAAGGUGGGGUGGCUUCUGGAUGGGAAUCCGCACACAGCUCGCUGGCCUGCGGGUCCCCCCAGGAUUGUUAAGACACUAGCUCUUCCAAAUUGAGCCGGGAGCAGAGCCUGAAGUAGCUCUUGCAGAUACUCAAGUCAGCCAUUUUAAUAAACUGAUUUUUAGUUGCGAAAAAAAAAGAAGAGCUGGGAGCUUCUGGCCUGCAAAGCCAGGAGAAUCUGCUGCAGUGGGAAAGACUGCGGAGGCCCCACUGGGCGGGGGCUCCAGGUCUGUGUGUGGACAGGAUGCGCUGGGGGCUCACAGGUGGGGAUGAGGGGAAGCAAUGGAGCUGGGAAGCCCCAGGAGGGUUUUUUAUUUUUGUUUUUGUUUUUUUUUGAGACAGAGUCUCAAAAAGAGUUGCCCAGGCUGGAGUGCAGUGGCAAGAUCACGGCUCACUGCAGCUGCCAACUCCAGAGCUCAAGCAAGCCUCCCACCUCCCACAGGUGUGAGCCACCACGCCUAGUGUUUUAUUUUUGUAGAUGGAGGUCUCACUGUGUUGCCCAGGCUGGUCUUGAACUCCUCGCAAUCAGAGGACUAGGUUUGGUGAUAGAUCAGAUGGGCUCAAGACUGGGGUUGGGGGUGAAGUUCAGACUCGGGGCUCCAGCCACUGAGCAGUGAAGGGAGGCAGCCGUGCUUUGAGGUGCAGGAGACCCGGACAGCAGCAGCGGGUGCAGACGGCUCGGAGGAGCUGCCGUGGGAUAAUGUGGGGAGUACUGGGCGCCGGCUCAUGCUGCGGGUGUGGAGACAGACACCGAGAAUGGCAGUAGCUUGGCUAGGACCGUGCGGCAGAAGGCUGGAGGGCCGGGCCCCAGUCCAGGUUCUGCAGCUCACAGCUAAGGUGCUCACCACAGCCCUGGGGGCGGCCUGAGAUAUUCAGGCACUAAACUCAACUUCUCAGCCCCCCGCUGUGUGUUGUGGUGAUGCCAGAGCAUUUGCUGUACUGGGUAAUUCUAACGUCGUGACAGCACACAGCACGCUGCUGCUCGGGGCCUUAGAGUUUCCUGUUCUCCGCUUGGAAUGCUCUCCCUCUAGACACAUGCGUGGCUCCCUCUCCAUUUUCUCUCAAGUGCCGUCUUCCCGUGUCACUGGAAAGCCCCGUCCCUGCCGCAAUCACUUACAUUCUCCAAUGCCUGCAUUUAUUUUCCUGUAGCGCAUCCCUAGUGGGGGCCGUGGGGAGCUGUGGAGCUGGCCAAGGGGCUGAUUUGUCUGAUUCUCAUCUGCGUCACCUGCAGUGAGACACAUUGAGAAAAUGGGUCCUCCAGAGCCAUUUCCACGUGGUUUGGGGCAGGCACAGAGCCUGUGCAAACUCCCUCACUUGUGCGUCCCUGCGAGGACACCUGCGUCAUGCCUGGCUGGCAAGCUUCCCCUUCUUCUGGUGGCCUCAGCCCAAUUUUCUCUUGGAAACACUCCCUGUGCCCUGUCUGAGCACUCGGGUAUGGGAUAUGUGUUGGUGACUUUUGUGGAAACCUGAUAGAAGAGGACCCAACUCCACACUACCGCCUCUGGGCAGUGGGGUGUCCCUGGGGCCGUGAUGGCUGAUGGCUGUGGAAAGAGCCUUCCCGGAGUUGAAGCCACAGCGGAGAGACGGAGAGCCGGAGAGCCGGAGAGCCGGAAAGCCGGAGAGCCGAGCCACAGGGGAGAGCCGGAGAGCCGGAGAGCCGAGCCACAGGGGAGAGCCGGAGAGCCGAGCCACAGGGUCUCACUCUCUCAGUCUGCAGUGCAAUGGCAUGAUCUUGGCUAACGGCAGCCUCAACCUUCUGGGCUUAAGUGAUUCCCCCACCUCAGCCUCCUGAAUAGCUGGGACCACAGGUGAGUACAACCACGCCUGACUAGUUCUUUAAUUUUUCAGAGAGAAGGCUGGUCCCUUUAUGAAAAUUUACGCACAAGCAAUCCUCCUCCUGCCUCAGCGUCCCAAAGUGCUGGGAUUACAGUAUGAGCCACCUCACCGGGCCAGCAUUCUUUAAAAAUUGGGAUAUUUGGUGGAAUACAGAAAAGUCUACAAAGCACCUUACCUCAGAACAGCUUAAAGAAUAGUUUGAAAAUAAACACCCAUGUGGCCAAGACCCAAGUCAGGAACUAGAACAAGCGGGAGUCCGAGCCCCCCCUGCAGGCUCCUGCCUGACACCACCGCCUCCCUCCGGCAGCGGCCCCUGCCCCGCUUCCCACCGUCAACCUUUCCUUGACAAUGUUACCACCCUCCACACCUAAGCAGUGUUUGAUUUGCCCUAUUUUUUAUUUUUUUGUAAUGUAUUUAAAAAGGCAAAAGAUUUAUAUGAUCUGAAGAGAAACCAGAGUACAUGUAGCGUGAAGGAAUAAGACGCUCUGUGUUGGAUAGUGCCUUGCUGUCACAAAACACUUCAAACGGAAAUGCACGGGUCUUAACCACAUUGGAUCUGUUUUGACACAGGCCAGUAACCCACACUCCUACCAAGACAGAGAACAUUUCUGUUGCCUCAGAAGCUCCCUCUUGCCCUGCCCUGGCCGGCAGCCCUCGCCCCUGGCCACCAGGAAGGAACAGUUGUUCUGCUUGGUUCCAUCACAUGGUUCAGCUGGUUCUCGGCCUCUGGGGAGUGAUUCCGGCGCUGGGUUUCAGGUCGUCCUUGCUGCUGCCCGCACCAGGAGCUCGUCCCUUUGCGUGGCUGAGCAACACUCCACAGGGAAAGGACUCACGGUUCGUUUAUUCUCCUUCUUUCCUUCCAGACCCUCUGGACAUGGACACGGUUUGUUUACUCGUCCUCCUGCGGCGGGACGCGGGGACUGUGCCGCCUCUGGCUAUCAGUUAUGAAUAAAACUGAUAGGAGUACUCUUUUUGGAGCGCGUAUGUUUUUAUUUUUCUUGGGAUAAAUGCCUAAAAAUGGGAAUUACUGGUCAUAGGGUAAUUGCAUCUUUUAAAGAAAUUUUCCAUUUUCCACAGCGGUGGUAACAUUUGCCCUCCCAGCAGCAGUGUUUGAGGGUUCUGGUUGCUCCCAUCCUCAGUAGAACGCAGCGUCUGUGUUCUGUUUCCGACAGCCGGUGGGUGUCCAUUGUUAUCUGACGGUGGUUUUUAUUUGCAUUUCUCUGAUGCUUUCUGUGUUGAGCACAUUUCCGUGCACUUUCUGGCUCCUCAUGUCUCCUUUGGGGAGUGUCUGUUUAAAUUUCCUGCCCAUACAUUUACUGGGUUAUUCUUUUGUUACUGGGUUGUAUAAAUUCAUCGACUAAUCUACAUACACACUUUGUUAAAUCCACGUAUGGCAGAUUUUUUCCUCCUAGUCAGUCUUGGUUAUUUAUUUUCUUAACCGUAUCUUUUGAUGAGCAGAAGUUUUUCAUUUGCUGAUGUCUGCAAGGGGUUUCUCAAGGUUAUUACAUUUUUCCGAGAACCGACUUUUGGCUUCCUCGAUUUCCUCCAUCGUGUAUUUUCUAUUCUACUGAAUUCUGCUCCUGUCUUGAUCAUUUCCUUCCUCCUUCAGUGUUUAAUUUGCUCUUCUUUCCCUAGCUGCUUAAGAUGGAUGCACAGAUUCACCUUCUUUUUCACUUAUUUGUUGAGAUGGAGUUUCAUUCCUGUUGCCCAGGCGGGAGUGCAAUGGCACAACCUCGGCUCACUGCACCCUCUGUCUCCCAGAUUCAAGCGAUUCUCCUGCCUCAGCCUCCCGAGUAGCUGGGAUUACAGGCAUGUGUCACCACACCUGGCUAAUUUUGGUAUUUUCAGUAGAGAUGGGGUUUCACCUUGUUGGCCAAGGUGGUCUUGAUCUCUUGACCUUGUGAUCUGCCCAUCUCAGCCUCCCAACGUGCUGGGAUUGCAGGUGUGAGUCACCGCGCAGCCCCCACUGGCCUCAGGAAGGAAUUCCCAAACUGUCUUGUUGUGAGAUGCCUCGUGGAGAGUCCCAGUUGGCAAGAAACUGAGCAGUGAGGUCCUCGGCUGGCCCAACAGCCUGAGAGAAGCUGAAUCCUGCUAACAGGAGGAGUGACUUUGGAAGUGGAACUUCCCCUAUUGAGCCUUCAGAUGAGACCAUAACCUCAGCCAACACUUUGAUUGCAGCCUCACGAGAAAACCUGAAAAGAGAACUCAUCUAAGUUGUGCCAAAUUUCCUGACACAGACACUACACACUUCAUUGUUUAUGAAGUUCCUUACAAGGCCGGGCAUGGUGGCGUACUCCUGUAAUCCAAGCACUUUGGAGGCCAAGGGUCUCACUGUCAUCUGGCCUGGAGUGUUCUGGCAUGGUCAUUGCUCACUGCAGCCUCAAUCUCCCAGGCUCAAGUGAUCCUCCUGCCUCAGCCUCCUGAGCUGCUGGGGCCACAGCCUCUCUAGGAGGAUCACUCACCUGCCGCUCCAAUCAGCCUCUCUAGGAGGAUCACUCACCUGCCGCUCCGAUCAGCCUGUCCAGGAGGAUCACUCACCUGCCGCUCCAAUCAGCCUCUCUAGGAGGAUCACUCACCUGCCGCUCCAAUCAACCUGUCCAGGAGGAUCACUCACCUGCCGCUCCAAUCAUCCUCUCUAGGAGGAUCACUCACCUGCCGCUCCAAUCAGCCUGUCCAGGAGGAUCACUCACCUGCCGCUCCGAUCAGCCUGUCCAGGAGGAUCACUCACCUGCCGCUCCAAGCAGCCUGUCCAGGAGGAUCACUUAACAUUGACUUUUUUUCUGAGUAUAUGUGUAUGUGUAAUUGACAUGUAAUAAUUGUACAUAUUAUUUUUUAACAUUCCAUUUCCCCCUGCUUGUUUGGAAAUUAUAUAUUCUGUUUCUAUUCUUUUUGCAACUACCUAGAAACGACAGAAUGCAUAAUCAACUUAUCCAAGUUGAAACUAGCCAGUGCCUUUCCCCCACUUUGAACAAACCCAUUGACUCCGUUUAACCCCUCCUGAGCCGUGUGUUAUUUUAAUUGUACCUUUUUAAACUUAAAAGGUGUUACUAGUAUUGUUCUGUAAAAUCUUUUUUUUUCUUUUUUUCUUUUUUUUUUGAGACAGAAUCUCACUCUGUCACCCAGGCUAGAGUGCAAUGGUGUGAUCCCGGCUCACUGUAGCCUCCACCUCCAGGGUUCAAGUGAUUCUCCUGCCUCAGCCUCCUGAGUAGCUGGGACUACAGGUGCGUGCCACCACGCCCAGAUAAUUUUUGGAUUUUUAAUAGAGAUGGGGGUGUCGCCAUGUUAACUAGGCUGGUCUCAAACUCCUGACUUCAGCCUCCCAAAGUGCUGGGAUUACAGGUGUGAGCCACCUCACUCGGCCUGUUUUAUAAAAUCAGCUUUUGUUUACCUUUAUGUACUUUUUAUUAUUUCUUGCAUUUUCUGCCUCCUCAGAUAAAUUUAGGUCCAUCUGAAAAUUAAAUUUCCCCUUAGUAACAGGUAUCUGGCCGCAAACUCUCUGACUAAUUUUUGAUUGUCUGAAAAUGCAAAUAUUUUCCCCUUCUGGAAAACUGUUCACACGGGGUCUAAAAUUCUUGUUUAGCUAUUAACUUUUCUUUCUGUGCACUGAUAACGUUAUCCUAGUGUUUUCCGGCUUCCGUAGUAACAGUUAGAAGCCAGCUGUCAUUCUGAGGACCAAACCCUUGAAAGGCUGUUUUGAAAUCAUUUACUGUAAUGUGCCUGAGUUUUCUGUUUUUAUCUGCUUGGAAUUUGUUGGGUUUCUUGAAUUUUUCUUAUUUUUUUCUUUCUUUUUUUUUUUUUUUUUGAGACAGAGUCUUGCUCUGUCACCAAGGCUGAAGUGCAGUGGCAUGAUCUCGGCUCACCACAACCUCCACCUCCUGGGUUCAAGCAAUUCUCCUGCCUCAGCCUCCUGAGUAGCUGGGAUUACAGGCACCUGCCACCAUGCCCGGCUAAUUUUUGUAGUUUUAGUAGAGACAGGGUUUCACCAUGCUGGCAAGGCUGAUCUUGAGCUCCUGACCUCGUGAUCCGCACGCCUCAGCCUCCCAAAAUGCUGGGAUUACAGGCAUGAGCCACUGCACCCGGCCUAUUUCUUUUACCAGUACUAUCAAAGACUCAGCUGUUAUUGCUUCUGGCCCAUUUCUGUCUGAUCUUUCGGGAACACUAAUUGAACAUAUAUUAAACCUUUACUUUUUUUUCCUCUGUUUGCCAUCUCUCUUAAAGUCUCUUUCUGAUUUUUAGUUUUUUGUGUCUCUGGCUUUUCUAGAUGGUUUCUUCACCCCGUUUUAUGUUUACUCAUUCUUUGGCUGUGGCUAAUUUGUUAUGAAACCUGGUUUUUAAUUUUGGUUGUUAUAUUUUUUCAUUUCCAGAAAUUCCACUGGGUUGCUUUUCAAAUAUGCUAGUCUGUUUUACACAGUUCCUGGCUUUCCCCAGAAAAUUCCAUCUUGCUUUUGAUGCCUCUAAUCAGAGUGUGCAUAGUUUUAAUAUCCUCGUCUCGUAAUUUGAAUAUCUGAGGUCUUUCCAGGUCUGUUUGGCUGUCUCCUCCUUCCCGCCUCCCCCUCCUCCUUCCUGCCUCCUCCUCCUCCAUUUUUCUUUUUAUCUUAUUUUCCAUGUCAUGUUUGCUUUUGACUGUCCAUGAAAAACUGCUUGUAGGGGUCCUGUGAGCCCUACAUGAAGCUGUCCCUCCAAAGAGGCUGGAAUUUGCUUCUUCCAGGCGCCCAGGGGACGUGGAAAGCAGGGACCACUUCACCUUAAAUUACAGGCUUGAAGUGUUCCAGGUCAUGCGUGUGAUCCAGGUCACCCUCGUGAUGCAGGUUUGGACAUAACUGGCUCAUGCUUCCCUCUACUCUGAAAAGGGUUGCCUCCUGCUCCUGCUCCUGCCCCUGCCCCGCCUUUCUUGCCAUCCCCUGACUGUGUGGGGUUAGGGGCAUUACCUCUGAUUCUCCGUUACCCUCAGGGGUAGCCUCCGGGGCCUGAGUUUUAUGGAGAGAGGGCUUCCUCCCACACUCCCCACUUGCUUGUGCCUCUUGCCCUGAAAGACCAUUAAAAACUACACUCAUGCACUAGCAUGGGUAUCAGAAAAAAAACAACUCUGCUCCAGUAAACCUGGGCAGGCAGUGCCCGGCAGCAAAAGGAGCUGCUGGCUUCAGCCAACCCGUCUGGGUUCCCACUUUGAUGUAAAUUUUUGGCCUAGUAAGUCCCUGCUGUCUUAUCACUUCCCUGAUGACUGCGAAGAGAUUUUAAAAAUCUUAGUAGCAUUUUCUUUUCUUUCUUUUUUUUGAGAUAGUCUCACAGUGCUGUUGCCCCGGCUGGAGUUUGGUGGCACAAUCUUGGCUCACUGCAACCUCUGUUGCAGGGGUUUGAGUGAUUCUCCUGCCUCAGCCUCCUGAGCAGCUGGGAUUACAGGUGCCCACCACCAUGCCCGACUAAUUUUUGUAUUUUUAGUAGAGUCGGGGUUUUGCCAUGUUGGCCAGGCUGGUCCUGAACUCCGGACCUCAGGUGAUCCACCUGCCUUGGCUUCCCAAAGUGCUGGGAUUACAGGCUUGAGCCACCGCGCCCGGCUUGUCUCUGCUUUUUAAACUCAGUAUCUGUCAUAGUCACAUGGUUGAUCCCCAACUUUCAUUCCACGUGGAUAAGUCAGCUGAGCUGAGCAGGGUUAUUCUACUUCUCUUGUGAAUGAUGCUUUAGAUGGUUUAGAAGGAAAGUUUGCUCCAAGGAUUCUGGGAAAAGAGACUUUAUCCCUCCUUUUGAUCCCUGUCAUUACUAGGUGUGAUGCAUGGAGCUGCUGCAGCCACCUUGGCACCAUGUGGCGAGCCUCAGACUGAAGAUGGGGAUAAGAGGGAAAGGAGCCUGUGUCUUUGGUGUUGAUGCUAUGGAGAUGUUUAAUCGGCCAGUAUUGGUGUCUGCUGUAUCUCUGGACUUCUCGCUACGUGAGGUGAAUGAGAACAUGUAGUGCAGCGACAGCUCUGGUGACACCUGCUGGGAGCUUGGUGUGGACACCCCAGCCCAGCCCAGCUGGAGAGCCCUGCCCCUGGGCGUCCCCUGGCCAUCCAGCCUCACCAUGUCCAAGAGGGGCAUGGGCAGCCGGGCCAAGGGGGACAAGGCGGAGGCCCUGGCGGCGCUGCAGGCGGCCAACGAGGAGCUUCGAGCCAAGCUCACGGACAUCCAGAUCGAGCUGCAGCAGGAGAAGAGCAAGGUCAGCAAAGUGGAACGUGAGAAGAACCAGGAGCUGAGGCAGGUGCGCGAGCAUGAGCAGCACAAGACCGCGGUCCUGCUCACGGAGCUGAAGACGAAGCUGCACGAGGAGAAGAUGAAGGAGCUGCAGGCCGUGCGUGAGGCGCUGCUUCGGCAGCACGAGGCUGAGCUGCUCAGGGUCAUCAAGAUCAAGGACAAUGAGAACCAGCGGCUGCAGGCGCUGCUCAGUGCCCUGCGGGACGGUGGCCCCGACAAGGUCAAGACCGUGCUGCUGUCCGAGGCCAAGGAGGAGGCCAAGAAGGGCUUCGAGGUGGAGAAGGUCAAGAUGCAGCAGGAGAUCUCUGAGCUCAAGGGUGCCAAGAGGCAGGUGGAGGAGGCGCUGACGCUGGUGAUCCGGGCGGACAAGAUCAAGGCGGCAGAGAUCCGCAGCGUGUACCACCUGCACCAGGAGGAGAUCAGCCGCAUCAAGAAGGAGUGCGAACGGGAGAUCCGCAGGCUGAUGGAGGAGAUAAAAUUUAAAGACAGAGCAGUCUUCGUGCUGGAGAGAGAGUUAGGGGUUCAAGCCGGGCAUGCUCAGAGACUGCAGCUCCAAAAGGACGCUCUAGAUGAGCAGCUGUCCCAGGUCCGAGAGGCCGACCGGCACCCGGGCAGCCCCAGACGGGAACUUCCUCAUGCAGCCGGUGCAGGAGACGCUUCAGACCACUCGGGAAGCCCUGAACAGCAGUUGGAUGAAAAGGACGCCCGGCGCUUCCAGCUGAAAAUUGCGGAGUUAAGUGCCAUUAUCCGCAAACUGGAGGACCGCAACGCCUUGCUGUCAGAAGAAAGGAAUGAGCUGUUAAAGCGUGUGAGAGAAGCAGAGAGUCAGUACAAGCCACUGCUGGAUAAAAACAAGCGCCUCAGCCGGAAGAAUGAGGAUUUGUCUCACGCUUUACGCCGCAUGGAAAACAAAUUAAAAUUCGUCACCCAGGAGAACAUAGAGAUGAGACAGAGAGCCGGAAUUAUACGGAGACCCAGUUCCUUGAACGACCUUGAUCAAAGUCAGGAUGAGAGAGAAGUCGAUUUCUUGAAGCUUCAGAUUGUGGAGCAGCAAAACCUCAUAGACGAGCUUUCUAAGACCCUGGAGACCGCUGGCUAUGUGAAGAGCGUGUUGGAGCGGGACAAGCUGUUAAGAUUUCGGAAGCAAAGAAAGAAAAUGGCAAAACUUCCCAAGCCCGUUGUUGUGGAGACCUUCUUUGGAUACGAUGAAGAGGCCUCCCUGGAAUCAGAUGGUUCUUCCAUCUCUUAUCAAACGGACAGGACGGACCAGACGCCAUGCACCCCAGACGAUGACUUGGAGGAGGGCAUGGCCAAGGAGGAGACGGAGCUGAGGUUCCGGCAGCUGACCAUGGAGUACCAGGCCCUGCAGCGCGCCUAUGCCUUGCUGCAGGAGCAGGUCGGAGGGACGCUGGAUGCAGAGCGAGAAGUUAAGACCCGUGAGCAGCUCCAAGCCGAAGUGCAGAGGGCGCAGGCGCGCAUAGAGGACCUGGAGAAGGCGCUGGCGGAGCAGGGGCAGGAUAUGAAGUGGAUCGAAGAGAAGCAAGCACUGUACCGGAGAAAUCAAGAGCUUGUGGAAAAGAUUAAACAAAUGGAGGCGGAGGAGGCUCGGCUCAGACACGAGGUGCAGGAUGCCAGAGACCAAAAUGAGCUGCUGGAGUUCAGGAUCCUGGAGCUCGAGGAGAGGGAGAGGAAGUCGCCCGCCAUCAACUUCCACCACACACCCUUCGUGGAUGGGAAGAGCCCCCUGCAGGUGUACUGCGAGGCCGAAGGCGUGACAGACAUCGUGGUGGCAGAGCUGAUGAAGAAGCUGGACAUCCUGGGCGAUAACGCCGUAAGUAAUCUGACCAAUGAGGAGCAGGUGGUUGUCAUACAAGCCAGGACAGUCCUGACCUUGGCCGAGAAGUGGCUCCAGCAGAUUGAGGAGGCAGAGGCAGCACUGCAGCGGAAGAUGGUGGAUCUGGAGACUGAGAAGGAGCUGUUCAGUAAGCAGAAGGGCUACUUGGAUGAGGAGCUGGACUACCGGAAGCAGGCCUUGGACCAAGCCCACAAGCACAUCCUGGAGCUGGAAGCCAUGCUGUAUGACGCCCUGCAGCAGGAGGCCGGGGCCAAGGUGGCUGAGCUGCUUUCAGACGCGGAGCGCGAGAAGCUCAAGGUGUCCGUGGAGCAGUGGAAGCGUCAGGUCAUGAGUGAGCUGCGGGAGCGGGACGCCCAGAUCCUGCGGGAGCGCAUGGAGCUGCUGCAGCUGGCUCAGCAGAGAAUUAAAGAGUUAGAAGAAAGAAUAGAAGCUCAGAAGAGACAAAUAAAGGAACUGGAGGAAAAGCUUUCAUUCUCUGGUCAUAGGCCAUCUUGGCACCCUGACGUGCCCCACGUUGAAUCGGACCCUUUUCCUCCAGUGGGACCAGAGAGCAGGGACACGAUGGGACGUCACGUCUCCACUCUGAAGACCCAGGGAGGUUUGGUCUCUGUGCGCCCGUCCCGUGGAGGAAGAGUGAGGAGGGGCAGCGUGCGUGGCACGGAGCUCCCAUCCACCCGGGAUGCGCUGGAACUAGAACUGGCCCCUCUGACUUCUCAGGGGCUUCCCGGGGAGCCCGCCCUUGGCUGCUGGACCCUGGGUCCCUUCUCCUGGACCACAGCUCCCAUCCCAGUUGCAGGGAUGUGUGACAUUCCCUGCCAAGCAGGGGUGAGAACCGCUUCUGAGAAGCACCAGCCUCGGCCCCCGCCUCUCUCGGUUCUCACUGUAGCUGCCACUGGUAUCUGGAGGAAGAUUUUCAGAAACAGCAGAGGCUGGGCCUGGUGACAAGAUGAGGUUGAACACGGGGGCCUGGACGGCAACCUUCACUCAGAGGAAGCUGCAGGCUCCCUGGGUUGAUCCGGGAGGGCUUCGGACACCUCAGGGGCCCCUCUGAUGCUGCGAUGUGUUGCUGGGGUCCUGAGUACUUGCUGGCCAACAGGCCCCACACCCACCCUUGUUCAUCAUCAUCUCUGGGGGAACAGACGAGCCGUGGCUGCUGUAGGCCUCGUGGUGCCAUCAACCCUCUGCCUCCCCCAGCCUGAGAAAGGCCAUGAUCCUGCCCAAGUCGCCAGCCGGGAGCACCGCAGGACUGAGUGGAGGAAGGCGUGGGGAGCGUGGUGACGGGAGGUGGGACAAGGGGGCAGAGCCGGCUGGAGCACGGAUGCCAGAGGCUGCCUCCAUAGUGCAUCUCCGGAAGCCACGGAGGCCUUGAGUGCCCAGAGCUACCCGGCCUGGAAGCCCCUGCACAGCCCUGACCUGCGGGCCACAGACCCCAGUGAGCCCCAGUCCCCGGUGGGCCCUGAAGCCUCACCCCAAGCCGUCGCACACAAGGGGCAGCCCAGGGGAGGGACACGGACACACCCGUGGCUCUACUGGUGUAGGAAGGGAUCCGUGGUCCAAGUGGCUGACAGAGAGAAAGCAGUACGUUGGUGAAAGCAACAUUAGGGCUGAUUUCUAUUCCUGCUGGGAGAUCCAGGCCACUGUCCAGGAGCUUCGUCCAGCCUGUGGAUGGAGCCUGACCGGCUGCAGAUGGAACUUCUGUGUCCUCCCACCCUUGGUGUCUAAGGUUAUUGUGUUCAGAGCUGAGUUUACAAGAGGUGUGUGUGUGUGUGCGCUCGCUCGUGUGCACAUGCACGCGUUUAAGUGUGUGUCCACUCAACCCAAAGAGCAGUUCAUGGGAUUUAACAACUCUGAGGUACGUAGAAGUUGAGGCACUGGGUGGGGAGGUGAAUGUACCAUGUACCAUUGUAUAAAGGAGGCAGACUCAUUGCUGGAGGGAUUGGGUUGUCUGGAAGGAUUAGGUUCAUUUCAUGUUUGUGUUAGAAGAAAUGUCUGACUUUGGGGCAGAUGAAAUAGUGGCCGCGGACCAGGCAUGGUUCCCUAUGUCGAAAUCAGGGAAAAGCUAAUACGAUCAGACAGAUUGGCUUUUUCUCUGGUGGGUGCAGGAUUUCUGCUGGGAAAUGCACUAUUACUCACCAGUUGUCCAAGGAAGACCCAUCCAUUUCUGUUGCUGUUCAAGCCACAGUUCCUGAUUUACUCGGACAAGAUACUGGGCUGGUUCAGUGUCUCUCACUGAGCCUGACUCGGGUUUGCGUCUCAAGUCUGAACUCCUGUCUAGUCCUCUGUGCAUAGUUUUGUCUCAUUUUAGUGACGGCGUCUUGGCACAUUUAUUAUACUCAGAACUGAAUGGCACAAACUAGCCUCGUGUUAAUAGAAGCUACCGUGGAGCUAUGGGUGAACCACUGGGUUGAAGUCUGAUGGACACAAGGCAUCCAGAAAUAGGUUGUAAUUCUACCUGGCUCCAUGCCAGCCUGGCCUCCUCCUCUGGGGAAGCUCCUGGCUUGGCCCCAGUGUGCACAUGCAUGGCAGCAACAGCUGCACGGGCUGGCUGUUGAGGAUCUAAAGGUGUGCAGUGAAACCCAGAUUCCCACAUUCGCUUCCCUCCUGUUUAUUUGGGUCAUCGUGGUUUUGCAGGUUGUAUGUGUUUGGAGCACUUCAUACACCCCCGUCCACCACAGACACUCUCAACCACAGUUCUGUAAUAAUAAUAAGGCUAACUCUACAGCAAAGAGACGCAUGUAAAUAUGUACCGAUUAAGUUGUAACUGUUUAUAUGUAAACAACAUAUAUAUAGGAAAGGGAGAAGGUGCAAGGAACGUGGUGAAUGGCAUCCAAGCCGCGUUGCGUCCCUGCCCCUUCCCGAAAGCACACGUCCAGCAGGAACGUCCAUUCCUCUCUUACAUGGCACUGUUUUCACUCAUCUGUCAUAGGCACCUUCUUUACAUCCGAUUACAGUAUCCAGCAUUUCAGAACCGGGUUUUUGCCCCAGAAAACGUAAAUAUGAGCAUUUAUCACUGACUCCUCCUGGUCCAGUGAGCAGCAGCAGAAUUCAAGUAUUUAAAAAUAAGGCGCACUUCCAAAUUGCAGGCUCCCUUCUCUUCCAAACCAAUGGGCUCGACUGAAUUUCCUCCUCGUCUGUGAGCCGUCUCACUGCUAGCUCUUCCAACAGGGGAAGUCUGUAUAAAUGCAUCAUCCCCUAACAACGCAAGAGAAGGGACCCUGAAAUGUUGCCAGACAUGUUUACUGUGUAAAGGGGACAUCAACAUUCACAUCCACGUCAUCACACUGCACAACAGAUCCUUUGUCUUUGCUAAAAAUCCAUGUAAAUUGCAGAUGCUUUUGUUGACACCAGUGUGUGGUUUACCUGUACCCGUGGUCUGGAUUUCAAGCUGCAGAAGGACUAUGACUGUUUCACAGAAUCUGUAGCCUUCAGGAUACCCCGAGUGCCUUACAGGGCUUGAGCACCGACACGAGAAGUCAAAAAGGAGAGUGUGCCCAAGUGUGGGUCCGGAGGCACUGACGCAUUUGCCGACACUCACCGUCAUCCCAUCCUUGAAACCUAAGAGGGAGUGUGUGUUUUAACACAGUAAUGGAGUUUCAGUCUAGGCUCAGGAAAAUCAUAUUGUGAAUAUAGGUAUCAAAUCAUAUAUUUGUUUACUGUAUAUUUUUAGAAAAGCUUUAUUGUAAAUUUAUGCAAAAACUAAUCGGGCCUGUUUUCUUACGGCAGCAUGCCGGGCAGUGUGUGUGUAUUCUCUGAGGCAGUCCCUUCAAAGCGCCCUCUAGCCCCGUGACAUUCUGUUCAGUGCUAAGCAGUACUCACAGGCCUAACAUAGGUUUGUAUGGUGACCUUACAAGAUUUUACAAAUAUUUUUGUAUUGUGAUUCCUAUGAUAUAUACCAGAGAAUUUUUACUCAUUUGUAAAUUACUGUACAGUUUUAAUAAAAAAAGUUUUAAAUCUUAGAUUAAAGCUCCUCAAAGGUAUUAAA